AGAAAGAGAGAGAGAGGUGCCGUGGUCGACUCCUUCGCUUGUUCUCUGCUCGGCGGCGGCGGUGGCCAUGGCGGCACCACCUUCUCACCCUUCUUCUCAUCUAACCCACACGUCACCAAAAACCCAUGCAACCAUCCGACUCCUCUUCCCAAUCUUUGCCCUGUUCCCAGCCAUCGCCUUUUCUGGCAUUGAAAAUGAAGGCCCAGAAUUUGAUUUGUUCCCAGAAAUCCUAAAGCAGGAGGCUGUGAAAAGGCUAUAUGAGCUUGGAAAGGUGAGUGAUGCAGUGAACUAUCUUGAGAGGACAUUCCAGAGUCCUGCUUCUUUAAAAGCCGCAAACCUUAUCCGUUCAUGGAUGGGGGAUGCCGGUUUGAGAACAUGGAUUGACCACAUGGGAAAUGUUCACGGACGUGUUGAUGGGAUUAAUCCAAGUGAGAAGGCUUUGUUGAUUGGAUCUCAUUUGGACACUGUUAUCGAUGCUGGAUAUUUUGAUGGCUCACUAGGAAUAAUAUCUGCGAUAUCUGCGUUGAAGGUCUUGAAAGCAACAGGACGGCUAGGGAAAUUAAGGCAGCCAGUUGAGGUGAUUGCUUUCAGUGAUGAGGAAGGGGUUAGGUUUCAGUCUACCUUCUUGGGUAGUGCGGCUAUUGCCGGUACAUUACCAGUUACAACAUUGCAUAUACAUGAUAAGGGUGGCAUGACAGUUCAAGGUGCUCUCAGAGAAAACUCCAUAGACAUAACAGAAGAAACCCUAUUGAAGCUCAAAUAUGACCAAGAAUCUGUCUCAGCAUAUGUUGAAGUUCACAUUGAACAGGGUCCGGUGUUAGAGAAUCUUGGCCUUCCUCUUGGUUUAGUCAAAGGCAUCGCUGGACAGACAAGGUUAAAGGUUAUUGUGAGAGGCACACAAGGGCAUGCCGGAACAGUGCCCAUGAAUAUGCGCCAAGAUCCUAUGGUUGCAUCAGCUGAACUGAUUUUGCUAUUGGAGAACCUUUGUAGACGACCCGAAAGUUAUCUCUCCUAUGAUGAUCAGUGCCCAUCAUCAACAGUGAAAGCUCUUGCUGGGUCUCUCGUUUGUACUGUCGGAGAAAUUUCAACUUGGCCGAGUGCAAGUAAUGUCAUCCCAGGCGAGGUAAAAUUCACUGUAGACAUACGUGCAAUGGAUGAUACAGGGCGGGAAGCUAUAAUUUAUGAAUUUUCAAAACGCAUGCAUCAACUAUGCGACCAGCGUAAUGUUUACUGCCUUAUUGAACGGAAGCAUGAUGCAAAUGCAGUGCUUUGUGAUCCCGAAUUGAGUUCGCAGCUAAAAUCUGCAGCCGGUGUUGCUUUUAGAAGGAUCAACGGGGAGACAACAGAUGAUGUGCUCGUGCCUGUGUUGAUGAGUGGGGCUGGACACGAUGCAAUGGCAAUGUCUCAUCUAACCAAGGUUGGGAUGCUGUUUGUGCGCUGCCGGGGAGGUGUCAGUCAUUCCCCGGCGGAACAUGUGUUGGACGAUGAUGUUUGGGCGGCUGGCACGGCGGUCUUGGCAUUCCUUGAGACACUCUUGUAAGUAGAUCAGCUGUAGCAUGGAGAGUUUGUAGUCUAGGUAUAGAAAACCUUGAAUUGCUUGCUUACCAAUUCCAUCAAUGUUUCAACUGUGAAUGUGUAUUGUCUUUCCAUUACUGUUUCACUUUUUCUUUCUCUCUUUUCUUUUUUCAAUAAUUAAAUUAAUUUUAAUUACAGGG